AUGGGAUUCUUUCUUUCGUUCUUGCUUUCUUUCUUUCUUUCUUUCUGCCUUUCUUUCUUUCUUUCUGCCAUUCUUUCUUUCGUUCUUUCUUCCUGCCUUUCUUUCUUUCUUUCCGCAUUUCUUUCUUUGUUUCUUUCUUUAUUUCUGCUUUUUCCUUUCUUUCUUUAUCUCUUUCUUUCUUCCUUUUCUUUCUUUCUUUUUUUUUUCUUUCUUUCUUUCUUUCUUUCUUUUCUGCAUUUUUUUUUUCUUUUCUUUUCUUUUCUGCUUUUCUUUCUUUCUGCCUUUUUCUUUCUUUAUUUAUUUCUGCUUUUCUUUCUUUCUUUCUGCUUUUCUUUCUUUCUUUCUUUCUGCCUUUCUUUCUUUCUGCUUUUUUUUUUUCUUUCUUUCUUUUAUGCAUUUCUUUUCAUUUCUUUCUUUUGCUUUUCUUUCUUUCUUUUCUUUUUUUUAUGCAUUUCUUUUGCAUUUCUUUCUUUCUUUCUUUCUUUUCUUUCUUUCUUUCUUUCUUUCUUUCUUUCUGCUUUUUCUUUCCGCAUUUCUUUCUUUCUGGUUUUCUUUCUUUCUUUCUUUCUUUCUCUUCUUUUUUCUUUCUUUCUUUUUUUUUUUCUUUCUUUCUUUCUUUCAAUCUUUCUUUCUUUCUGUCUUUAUUUCAUUUUGCUGUAUUUUUUUUUAUCUAUCUCUCUAUCUAUCUUGGUCUCUUCAUGUCUACCUGUCUCUCUUGGGCAUUUCAUAUCUAUCUAUCUAUCUACCUAUCUAUCUAUCUAUCUAUCUAUCUAUCUAUCUAUCUCAAUUUUUAUUGCUGGUAAUAUUUUUUUAUCUAUCUAUCUAUCUAUCUAUCUAUCUAUCUAUCUCAGUAUAUAUUGCCCUUCUUUUCAUUUGGUUUUUUCUUUCUUUUUAACUCAUUCGGACUUCUGCCCUUUUAACAUAAUUCUUCUGUUCUUUUGUUUGAUUUUUCUUUCUUUCUUUCUUUCUUUCUUUCUUUCUUUCUUUCUUUCUUUCGUUUUCUUCUAUCCAUCAUUUUCCAGUCUUUUUUCCUCCUUUUCUUUCUCGCUUUCUUUCUUUCGCUAUUUCUUUUUGUUUCUUAUUUUUCUUUUCCUUUGCCUUUUCAUUUCUUUUCUUCUAUCUUUUUCUUACUUUUUCCUAUUCUUUCGUUUUUUUCUUGCUUUCUUUUGCUCCUUUUGUUUCUGUUUUCUGUUUCAUUCUAAAUAUUUUCUUCUAUUUCUUCUACCCUUUCAUUUCAAAUUUCAUUUUUCGGUAUCUUUUCUCUUUUCUUUCACUUUUUUCUUUUUUUUCUUUCGUAUUUUCUUUCUUUUGAUUAUUUUCUUCUUUUUAUUCUUUCGUAUUUUCUUUCUCCCUAUUUUUCUUUCGCACUUUCUUUCGCUCAAUCCUUUUCUUUCACAAUUUCUUUUUUCUACCUUUUUCUUUUUCUUUUACAUCUUUUUUUUCUUUCGCUUUUUAUUCUUUUUUCCAUCUUUCAUUCGCACUUUUUUUCCGCCCAAUUCUUUUCUCUCACCAAUUGCAGGUAUCGUUUAA